GUUUGAAGAGCCGGGGUGAAGUUGGAGUAGCUGCAGAGAGACAGCUAGCAGCAGAGAGAGCGAGACAGGACUGGGAAUCAAGUUUGUGCUGUUGAAUUUAGGGGGGAAGUGUGAGAAAGUAGAAUUUUUUUAAAAAUUUCAGACAGCUUUUGGAUUUAAUUUUGCCCAUGAAAUAGAUUUAUUUUGUUAGAUUUUGAGUUUUUUUGUUUAUUUAUGGUUUACUAAGGCCGUGUGGGUGCUUUUGUGUGUGAUAUAGUAAACCAUGGAGCUGGAGCAUUUAGGCGGCGGUGGGGUAAAACCUGAGAGGGGCAGCAGCCGACUCUACAAGAUAGCUCUGGCCAUGUGUGUGUGCCUCUGUGCUGCCCUGCUGCUUGCUCUCAUACUGGUGUCUCAAAAGUCCAGUCAGGAGGAGUUCUGUCUGACCCCAGAAUGCAUCGAAGCAGCGGGAUCUAUUCUAAGUAAGAUGGAUCGGGAUGUAGACCCCUGCCAGGACUUCUAUACUUUCUCUUGUGGAGGCUGGUUGAAGGAGAAUCCGAUUCCUGAAGAUUCGUCCUCGUACGGCAUCUAUCCGUGGCUGCGGCAGCACGUCGACAUCCGACUCAAAGAGUUACUAGAAGCUCCGUCGGACCCUGAUGAACUCCAAGCAGUGACCAAAGCGAAGAUCCUCUACCGCUCCUGCAUGAACGAAACCAUGCUGGAGCAGUUGGACGCCAGACCGAUGCUGAAGACGCUCAAACAGCCGGAGUUCCGGUGGCCCGUCGUGGGCGAAGGGCUGGGCGGAGACUACCAGUGGUCCCAGAGUCAGUGGAACCUGCUGAAGACGCUGGCCGAGAUGAGAAACCAGCACAGCAAGAGCGUCCUGAUCCGCCUCUACGUCUCGCCCGACGACAAAAGCUCCUCACACUACAUCAUCAAGCUGGAUCAGGCGUCCCUGUCGCUGCCCUCCAGGGAGGACUACACCACCAACACCUCCUCUGCUCAGGCGUACCGUGCCGCUCUGCUCAGUCUGAUGGUGGACACGGCCGUCAUGCUGGGAGCCCCGGAGAAAGCAGCGCUGGCCCAGAUGGAAAAGGCUCUUGCCUUCGAGACCAAAGUUGCUCAUAUCCUGAUUCCUUAUGAAAACCGCACCAGUGAGAACAUGUACAACAAAUACUCGCUGUCUCGCCUGCAGCGCUCCAUACCACAGUUUGACUGGCUGGGUUUUGUAAGAACUGUGGUGGAGUCUAAAGGCGACCCGGCUCGGUCCAUCUCCUCCUCUGAGCCCGUCAUCGUCAGAGCGCCACAGUACUUUAAGGACCUCAUGAAACUCAUCAACGCCACCGACCCCAGGACGGUGGCGAACUACGUCCAGUGGAGGACCGUCUUCUCCAGGAUCACGACUCUGAGCCGCCGCUUCCUCUACAGAUACCUGGACUACGCGCGGGUAACCACGGGAACCACCUCCCUGACCCCGCGCUGGGAUAAAUGCGUCAACUACGUGGAGAACUCGCUUGUUUAUGCCACCGGGCGCCUCUUUGUCAACACACACUUCCAGGAGGAUAAGAAACACAUGAUGGAGGAGCUGAUCAAGGGCAUCCGCUGGGCCUUCAUCGACAUGCUGGAGAAGGAGAAUGAUUGGAUGGAUCCGGCGACGAAGAAGAGAGCCGUGGACAAGGCUCAUGCAGUCCUGGCUAAAGUCGGCUACCCCGAGUUCAUCUUGAAUGACACCUACCUCAAUGAAGAUUUAAAGCAGCUAGAGUUCAGUAACAAGGAUUACUACGGCAACGUGAUGCAGACGCUGAAGCUCAUCGCCCAGUCCGACAUCAGCUGGCUCCGAAAGAGCGUCCCGAGAACAGAGUGGUUUACGAACCCAACAACCGUGAACGCCUUCUACAGUUCAUCCACAAAUCAGAUCAGAUUCCCUGCUGGAGAGCUUCAAAAACCCUUCUUCUGGGGAAGAGAGUAUCCAAGGUCUUUAAGCUACGGCGCCAUCGGGGUGAUAGUCGGACACGAGCUAACUCACGGCUUCGACAACAACGGUCGGAAGUACGACAAAAACGGCAACCUGGACCACUGGUGGAGCAAUGCGUCUGUAACGGCCUUCAAUGAGAAGACCCAGUGCAUGAUUGAACAGUACAACAACUACCACUGGGAGGAGGCAGGGCUGAACGUUCGCGGUAAGAGGACUCUGGCUGAAAACAUAGCAGACAACGGAGGGAUAAGAGAAGCAUUCAGGGCGUACAGGCGCUGGGUGGAUGAGAGCAGAGGCGGUGUGGAGGAGCCUCUGCUGCCUGGACUGGAACUCAACAACAACCAGCUGUUCUUCAUGAGCUACGCACACGUGAGGUGUAACACCUACAGACCAGAGGCAGCCAGAGAGCAGAUCCAGAGUGGAGCUCACAGUCCACCUAAAUACAGAGUCAUCGGAGCCAUGAGUAACUACGAGGAGUUCCGGAAAGCCUUCAGCUGUCCCGAUUCGUCCGUGAUGAACCGAGGAGCUCAGUCGUGCCGGGUGUGGUGACCUCCGACCUCUGCGGCUUUCAAACCGAACCGGGGGAACGUCUGCCGAGGAGGCCGGACUUAGCCGACGUAGUUUACGUGAUGAGGGAGCAAAGACGAAGCAGAGUUGUUCUCAGUGAAGCGUGGGUAAGAGCGGAACACUUUGGAGGCCAUUUUUUAAUCGGCUAACGGAUGGUUUAUUCACUGCUUAUGCUGCAGUCCAUGCUCAAAUUAUGACUGAAGACAUUUAUAAAGGACCAUAGUUUAAAGGGUUUUAUGUGAAAAACUUUUUUUUUUAUUACCCGUUUACAACAUCAGAGCUGUCUGUACUGUAACUAGAUAUCACUGUAAAUGUAAUAACUACGACUUUUCUACUCAUAAGGAGAAUUUAUUCCGGAUUUUAUGGUAGGAAGCAGAUAUAUCAGGUCAUAUAUUCAACACUGUAAACCAAAGAUUAGUUUUUAUUCUCCUCUUUAUUCCUCUAACCAGCGUACAAAAAGCAAACUAUCAUCAGUCUACUUAAUGGAGCUUUGACGUGUCUCAGAUCGGGUUUGUUGUGUGUGGGCCCAAAAUCCGUCUCCGUUUCUUUCUAUUUGUACGUUUCUAUUCGUCGCUCUGCAGUUCAGCCUGAAGGCAAACCAGCUCUGAAACUGCACAACUCUCAUCUGUCUUUGUGUCGCCGUGGCUGACGUGCGCUCACACACCAGCUCGUGUUUUAUGUUCCUCUGGAAAAACAAGAUUAUUAUUCAAUGAAUAUUUAAUGCAUUAGCAAGAAAAUGGGAAGGAAACAUCCCCUCAGAUGUUUAUUAUUCGUAUUUAUUCACCAGAAAUGUUCAUUUCUUCUCUUUUCUACUCACAUUUACACACAAACUUACUAACAGAUUUAAAAUAUUACGGUAAAUGUCUGCUUUUUUUUGGAUCAAUCAGGAAAGUUAAGAUUAUCAGUGAAAUAUAAUGAAAAAUGAGCAUAAUUUAAGCUACCUGUGGAUGAUUGUUGUUAUUCUAAUUCACGUGCUGUUGACAAAAUGGUAGAAAUCAUGGUGCUUGUUCCUCAGUUUAUCUUUUAUUUUAUUCAGAAAAAUUAAGAUUAUCAUUAAAAUUUUAUACAAAUUAGUAGUAUUUUAAACUAUCUAAUGGUUAUGACUGUAAUUCUAAUUCUCUAAGUUUCUCUACAAAUCUAUUAGUCUUAAAAAAUGACUGAAAAUAUAAGAAAAUGCAGCUUAUUUUUUGUACAUUCAGUAAAAUUAAGAUUAUUAAUGAAAUAUGAUAAAACAUUUGCAUAAGUUCAAACCAUCUAUGGGUUGUUGUUGUUAUUCUAAUUGUUGUUCUAUUGACAAAAUGUUUUUAAUCAAAAUGUUUUUUUGUCUUUUAGUCUGAAAAAUGUCCAAAAGAUCUAAGAAAGUGCAGCACCUUUUUUUUUUUUUGGUAUAUUCGGGAAAAUUAAGAUUAGAAAUGACGUCUAUUUUAAAUUAGCUUUAUUUGAAGCUAUCUGUGGAUUAUUAUUGAAAUUUUAAUUCACAAAUCUUUAAAGAAAAAAGAUUAAAAAAAAUUAGAAAAUGGGGCAUAUUUUUGUAUUUUCAGGAAAAUUAAGAUUAUAAAUAAAAUUUCAGAUAAAUUGGCGUAAUUUUAAACUAUCUGUGGGUUUUUAUUGUCAUUCCAAUUAAAGUGCCGUUGACAAAAUGACGCUUAUUAAGCUCGUUGUUACUUAAGUAAUCUUUGUCUUAAAAUAAAUGUAAAAAAAAUGCUUUAAUUUUUUUUUGCAUAUUCAGGAAGAUUCAGAUUAGCAAUGACAUAUUUUAGAUUAGCAUUAUUUGAAACUAUCUAGUCUUAAACAAUGACAGAAAAUAUAAGAAAAUGCAUUAUUUUAAUAGUAUAUUCAGGGAAAUUAUCAGUGCAAUAUAAUAUAAAUUAGCAUUAUUUUCAGCCAUUUACACCCCUGUCAAAAGUUUUGAGAUGGGUUCUAAUUUAUUUGAAUGAGAAAGUGUCUCAAAACUUUUGACAGGGGGUGUAUGUGUUAUUAUGUAACUCCAUUUCACGAAAUAGUAGCACUCAGAGUUAUUUAGCGAUGGUUGUUUGUCAAGUAGUCUGUCUUAAAAAAAUGACAGAAAAUAUAAGAAAAUGCAGAAAUUUUUCCCAGAAACCAAAGUAAGUCUUUUGUUUUAAUUUUUUUUAACAGAAAUCAUUUUAAAACCCAAAGAUGCUCAAGCUACAGUUGUUUCAAAUGGCAUCUGGACAGUAAAAUUAGCAAAUUCUGUCUUGUUUUUUCAUAAAUAACUUAAUUAAUUAAAUAAUAAUUAUCAACCCAGAGUCCGGUUUAUCGUCAUCAAACAUCCACUAUACGUUUUAUUAUGUUCUAUGUGAGCAUUUCCUCGUUCUCUGCUGGUGUGAUCUUAUUUUUGUAACUUAAUGUGAUGAGUUUUUUUUCUGUUGUCGUAGUGAAUUUGUAUGCUGUGAUCUCGGCUCACUGGUUUCUGUCAGGUUCUAAUAAAACUUUGAGACGUUC